AUGGUAACGAAAUACUCCCCGUGCUGUUCCGCUGAUAUUUACACUAAAGCUGGAAACCGGAAGCAGGAGGAGAUCUGGGACAGUUCGACUGAAUCUGAUAAUCCCAGACUGAACGAGGAGCUGCGACAGCGUCUUCCCUCACCUGCAACGCCGCAGCUCCCUCACAGAUCUGAGACAAGCCUGAGUCUGGAAUGUACUGGAUGGACUGAGGGCCCACAGUCACUCCCAGAGUCAGUCCCUCCUGUCUCACCCCUCUCCCACAGGAGGUCUGUCUCACCCUCUACCUUCAUACCUCCAGGAGGUAAAAGGAAGAUGGAGCUGGACCUUUCCCCCAGCCAGGGCCCUUCUCCUCGGGCAGAGAGCUGUGGAGACAGCACUGAAGGAGGAGGAGCCUCCAGAGGCCCUGGCUGCCCCCCCCUCAGAAGACACCUUGUCAGCUCUGAUGACAGCUUUCAUCAGGAUGUAAUGCUUGGUCCAAUCACAGCGUCCGAUCCGCCUCUGACUUCUGAAAGAGACAAAAACAUCUCAGCGUUACUGACGGAGCUUGAAAGCCUCAGAGAGACCAACAAGAAGCUGCAGGAGGAGCUCGUCCAGAAGGAGAAGGAGCUGCAGAGGAGAGAGGUGGAGGAGGAGCUGAGGGAGGAGCUGAGGGAGGCUCAACGUUGGGAGAGACCUGCAGCCCUAAUGGAGGAGGUGUUGGCAGCUCAGAAGGACAGAGACCAAGCUCUGAUGUCACGCCUCCUGCUGGCCAAUGAGGAGCGAGAUGAGGCUUUUAUCCGUGCACGCCAAGUGCAGCUGGCUGCUGAGCGCCUUGAUGUCUCACAGGAGGAUCUUGACAAGGACACAACAGAGGCAGAGGACGUGGACCAGCUCCUUUGCUGUGUUUGUGACGCUGACUCCGUCCAGAAGGUCCAACGGUUUGGUUCAGUUCUGGUUCAGCACUUACGGUUGGCAAGGCAACGGAGAAAUGAAAUCACCACUCAGGAGAUGAAGGCUGUGAUGAAGGAGAGGGACAGCGCAAUUGCCAAGGAAAUAUGUUUCAAACGCCGCCGCAAUCCUCGGAGGAGAAGUGGAGGAGAGAGAACACUACACGCUGGAGGAUUCCUCCACCCCCCCCCCCCACUGCUCAUCUCUCAGGGAUUAUCUCACUGCUGCAGCCGGGACUUCUGGUGUAAACAACUGGAACAGGAUGUGAUCGAAGAGAGAAAGGAGCAUGCACGAGAGACGGAGCUGCUGAGGCUUCAAAUACAGAAGGGCACUGAGGUGGAGCUACAGGUGCUAAAAGCCGAUCGAAGCUUUCAGGACCUCUUUGCCCCUCUUCCCAGUGAUGGAGGCUCUCCAGUGGGUUUGUUGCAGCCAUCUCAUCAGGGUCCAGCCCUACUGCUCCAGGUGCAGCAGCUGUCCAACGAGAAGCAGAAUAUGGGGGCGGAGCUUCAGCGCUGUCAGGACGCAGAGCGAGAGGCCAGCGAGAAAGUCCUCAAGUUGGAGCGGCUGGUCGAGGUUCUGAGGAAGAAAGUCGGGACCGGAAGCCUCCGAGCCGUCAUGUGAUCUCCUCUCAGUUAUCUCACACACCUGCUCCUGGAACCACAAAGAACUAUGUCUCCUGUGUCCUACCUGCUACCUCCUACCUCCUAUCUCCUAUUGCCUCUCUUCAGAUGAGUCUUUGGCAAAUACACCUGCAGUUAUUGUUUAUGUUUUAUACAUCUUUUAAUAUGUAUAGGUAUAGAAUACAAGUAUUCUCUUUCUUUCUGUGUUUAUCUUAAACUCUAUAUUUUUAUUAGUGUGUUCUGAUGUAAUCAUGAAAUAAAUAAAUUUGAAUGGAUUUUUACAUUUAUCAGCUUAAACGUGAAUUAAAUCAAUUUUUUUACUGAGUCCCAAAAUUGACUGAAAAUGAUGAGAGAAUGCUUCUGGAGAACUGCCUCCAAUCCUUCACAUGUUGGUGCUGUAUCCAUCGGCUAUUAUGUGAGUGUAGAGGCCACGCCCCCUUACUCGCCCACAAUGUGGGUGUAGAGGCCACGCCUCCUUACUCGCCCACAGUGUGGGUGUAGAGGCCACGCCCCCUUACUCGCCCAGAGGAAACCCUUUUAUAUAUAGAUAUAUAUAGACAUUAAAGAAUGAUCCCCAAUAUGUGAAUGUAUGAGAUCAGAAGUGCUGUCCAGUCUGUAAUGUUUCUGAUGAAGAUGAAGAGGAGCAGAAGAACUGGAUUACACUGUAUAUCUAAUAUUUAUUCAUAUUGGAUGGAAGAAACACAUAAAAAGUUACAGAGGAACAUUUAAUCAGGGCUGUUGUAUUACAUCAGACUGCAUUAGCUGUAUAAAGGUUUCAUAAAGUAACAAUAAUUAAUGAGUUAAUGUUUUAAUGGAUACACAUUCCACAGACCUAAUGUUUGUUUUCUUGUUAGUUGAACAUCAAGAGGAUAAUAAUCAGUGUGGUAGUCCUCAUACAGGUAAAUGCACAAAAAUCACUACACAUUAAGUUUGAUGUACCUGAAGCUCAUCUGUGUCUAAAUAUCAAUAGUGAUUAAUACAGUACUUCAUAUCUAUGACUCAGUGAUCAAUGAGGCUACAGGUGAACGCUGACAUGGUUGAACAAUUAAAUGAAUAGAAACAUUUUCAAGCAUGUAAGCAAGCAGCUGACCACACAUGCAAGAUAUUAGAGGGAUUUGUUAAAUAUGCAUUUAUUAUUAUUACAGUUCAGAGCCCCUUGAAGCCGACGUCCUGCUGCUUCAGAGUCUUGAUGACGGUCCCCUCAUGUCCUUUAUUUAAAGCAUUGUUGGUUUUAAUACACAUGAUAUACAUAUACAGGACAACAAGCCUCACUGUGGACACAGACAAGACGUUCUACUGGGUUUGAAGCUAUGAAUCUAAACAAACGUUACGUUACCGGAGAACAAACAACAGUCUGACAGCAGAUUAAAAGUCAUGAACCCUCAUGUUACAGGAGGGUCACAUCAAGCUGCUCUCUGAGCUGACUACACAGUCCCACAAGCUGGAGCUCCUUGUGAAUUAAAUGUUGAUUAAACAAGUAACUUCUCGACAGGAAAAAUUCCUAAAGUGACACGUGGCGAGUCACAUGCGGGUAUUGUGACUCAAGCGAGAACGCAUGUUGAUAAAAGGGAGGCUACCCGAGUUCAGAGGAACGUUUCCAUGAGCAAGAUGGCUGCCGUCAGGUGGGCGGAGCUUGAUGUAAAUUAAAGUGUUAAUAUUAUAUUUGGUUCAUAUUUAUAGAUGAGUUACAACCAAUCAUUUAGAGUUUUAUGCAGAAAAGACAAUUCA